UGAAGGGCUGGUGGUUCCUAAGCUUGGGGGCUUGAAGCCUUCAGGAGUGAGAAGCUGGGGCCCCCAAGGGAACCCACUGGGGCCUGGGUAGAGUAGGCGAGUUUAUCAGAGCUGACCUGGAAACACCCACCCAACUUAGAGGCAGAGGAUGAAAGACGGUGACCUCAGGAGGAUGCGCCAGCCCCACAGUCCCAGCCCAGCCCGAUCCCAGCCACGCCAUGCCUGGUACUGGGCUCUGCAGCUGCUGGGGAGGCCGGGUGCUGCCCCUGCUGCUGGCCUAUGUCUGUUACCUGCUGCUCGGCGCCACCGUCUUCCAGCUGCUGGAGAGGCAGGCUGAGGCGCAGUCCAGGGACCGGUUUCAGUUUGAGAAGCUGCACUUCCUGAAGAACUACACCUGCCUGGACCAGCAUGCCCUGGAGCAGUUUGUGCAGGUCAUCAUGGAAGCCUGGGUGAAGGGCGUGAACCCCAAAGGCAACUCCACCAACCCCAGCAACUGGGACUUUGGCAGCAGCUUCUUCUUUGCAGGCACAGUCAUCACUACCAUAGGGUACGGGAACCUGGCGCCCAGCACAGAGGCAGGCCAGGUCUUCUGUGUCUUCUACGCCCUGGUGGGCAUCCCGCUCAACGUGGUCUUCCUCAACCACCUGGGCACAGGGCUGCGCGCCCACCUGGCCGCCCUUGAGAGGUGGGAGGACCGGCCCAGGCGCUCCCAGCUACUGCAGGUCCUGGGCCUGGCGCUCUUCCUCACCCUGGGGUCGCUGAUCAUCCUCAUCUUCCCACCCAUGGUCUUCAGCCACGUGGAGGGGUGGAGCUUCGGCGAGGGCUUCUACUUUGCCUUCAUCACUUUUAGCACCAUUGGCUUCGGGGACUAUGUCGUUGGCACGGGCCCCAGCAAGCACUACAUUUCAGUGUACCGGAGCCUGGCGGCCAUCUGGAUCCUCCUGGGCCUCGCGUGGCUGGCACUGAUCCUCCCGCUAGGCCCCCUGCUUCUGCAAAGGUGCUCCCAGCUCUGGCUGCUCAGCAGGGGCCUCAGCCUCAAGGAAGGGGGAGUCUCUGGGACUGAUGGGCUCCCCAGACCUCAGAAGAUCUCCAUCUCCACCUAAAGCUGUUGAGUGGCCCCAACAGCCUCUCCCAGCUUCCCCCAGCUCACCCCAGAUGCCCUCUGGAUUUUCUGCUUCACCUUCUUCUCUCCCAAACUACUCACUUUGCAGCCCAGAACUCUCCAGAGAGAGAAGGGAGACCAAUGUGUCCAAGAAAGUAACAGAGAGUCAACGUAGAGGCAGGACCAUAGACACGUGUAAAGGAGCAAGACGUGCACCUUUGUCCUGGACCUCUGACCCUUUCCCCUCAAAACUGACCUGGAAAGGUUGUAUCCAAACAUGAGUCACUGUGACCAACUCUCCA